ACGCGAAGCGACCGCCCGACGGCCGGCGAUGGUCUAGGCGCCCUCGGCCGCCCCCUCCCCGAGAGACACGGCCAGCCCUCCCCGCGCGCGCCCCCGUCCUCGCCGAGCCAGCCUGGGGGUGCGGCGCCCGCCAGCAUGAGCGGCUCCUUCGAUCGCAAGCUCAGCAGCAUCCUGACCGACAUCUCCAGCUCGCUCAGCUGCCAUGCGGGCUCCAAGGAUUCGCCCACCCUGCCCGAGUCUUCGGUCACCGACCUGGGCUACUACAGCGCGCCGCAGCACGACUACUACUCGGGCCAGCCGUACGGGCAGACGGUGAACCCCUACUCCUACCACCACCAGUUCAACCUCAACGGGCUCGCGGGCACGGGCGCCUACUCGCCCAAGUCGGAAUACACCUACGGGGCCUCCUACCGGCAGUACGGCGCCUACCGCGAGCAGCCGCUGCCCGCCCAGGACCCAGUGUCGGUGAAGGAGGAGCCGGAAGCCGAGGUGCGCAUGGUGAACGGGAAGCCCAAGAAGGUCCGAAAGCCGCGCACCAUCUACUCCAGCUACCAGCUGGCCGCCCUGCAGCGCCGCUUCCAGAAAGCCCAGUACCUGGCGCUGCCUGAGCGCGCCGAGCUGGCUGCACAGCUGGGCCUCACGCAGACACAGGUGAAAAUCUGGUUCCAGAACCGCCGCUCCAAGUUCAAGAAGCUGUAUAAGAACGGGGAGGUGCCUCUGGAGCACAGCCCCAACAACAGCGACUCCAUGGCCUGCAACUCCCCGCCGUCGCCAGCCCUCUGGGACACCUCCUCCCACUCCACGCCGGCCCCUGCCCGAAGCCAGCUGCCCCCGCCGCUCCCGUACAGUGCCUCCCCCAGCUACCUGGACGACCCCACCAACUCCUGGUACCAUGCACAGAACCUGAGCGGACCCCCCUUACAGCAGCAGCCGCCACAGCCAGCCACCCUGCACCACGCCUCCCCGGGACCCCCACCCAACCCCGGGGCUGUGUACUGAGCCCCACCCGGCCUGUGCCCCGCUGAAGGACCCGGGACCAGGCAGAAGUGCCUCCGUCCUCGCAACACUCAGGAAUCACCGAGGAGCACAGGGGAAAGAAAGGCCAGCUUUCCCCUCCCCUGCCCCUUCUCCAGGGACCCAAGAAUUUCCAGAUGAAAUUGGCACGGACCCAGACUGACCCCUGAACCUCCCUCGCCCUGCUUAGAACUGGGGUGCCCCUCCAGAUGUGGGCACAUUCACCCCAGGGGGAACCGUGGUGCCCCUUCUGCUCUGGGAGCCUGGACUUGCUUUAAUGGCUCAUCACUUCCGAGCAUGUCAAACCCAACCGCUCCCCAGACUGGAGACCAGGGGACAGGGACACUGGGAGUGUUUGCAAGCUGAGCCUGGGCUGGGGCGCCACGUCAGGCACGAUGGAUCCUGACCCCUGCCACGCUGGGCUCCUCCUAAACAACCUGGGGCCUCCCCUUCCUGCAUGGCCCUUCUGCCAAAAAGACAUUGGACAUCAUGCCUUGGACACAGGGUGGGGAGUCAGCCUUACCCCGGCCCCCGCACUUCUAGCCCUCAUUCAAGAUUUGAGGGUUAAACCAAAGAAAACGCCCCAAGUGAGGGACUCUUUCACUAUCUGGGGGCUUUUGGGGGAAGAAUUAGAGAAGCCAUCACCCCUUCCCUGUCUGCUGGGAGGGCAUCUCCUUUGCUUCUCCUAAGGGCCCCGUUUCUUCUCCAUGUACAGGACUUUGCACAACCUUGGUUUUAAAAGCUGUUGAAAAAUAAGACAACAAAGGGCAUUGUUACCAGAUAGGACUAAAUCUCCCCUUUGGUGGGCAGCUCAGUCCUCCUCCGCCUCCCCGCCUCUCCUCCUCCUCUCCAAUAAGUUGGCAGGUUGGGCGCCAAAGCCCAGAUCUCCACAGAGACAUGCUAGGCGAGACAAACGCCUCGAGACCCCCUUUCCGGUGGCCUUGGAAAUAGAUAGCUCUGCUGAGCUGGAGAAUUCGGGGUGAGUGCGGUGCUCGGCGGGAAGGGGAGGGCUGUGACCCAGUGCCUUAGGGUGAGGGGUGGCUGGCAGGAGGGCUGCUGGUGGUGCCCCUCCCUGGCCAGCGUCCCCCCAAAGCUAACUCAUCUCCACCCCUGAUGUGGUAAAACAUCGAAGAAAAAGAGAGCUAAAGGACUGUAGCUAUAUAUAGAGAGUAUGUAUUUUUUUUUAAGAGCAAGAGAGAAGCGGCCUCCUCCCUCCUGUGGUUUCCUAUUUAUGUGACCCUUUUUCUCCUGGAUGGAUCCUCCCUUUGCGUUGAGAGGAGAAGGACGUGGGCUCCGGCUGGAUUUGGGUUUCGUGGGAGGUGUAGGGGCGAGGAGAGAAGUGGUAGGUCUCCAAGUCCCACCUGGGACAGGAAUGGAGCCAGCUCCCACCAGAAGGCUCCUGGCCGCCUCAGUUCUGCUUCCUCACUGGACCCAUCUUUAUAUGUAAUGUUAAUAAAAAAGAAG